AUGGCUCGCGAAUUGAAGGCGCUGUUGAACAGUGGAGACCAGGGCGCUUCUUACACCGCGACGAUCUCGAUUGCUCGCGCAACUGUGGAGCUCCCCCCCGAGCAGAGGAAGUGCUUCGCCGAUGAUACGCAUCCCUUCACCGCGACCUGCUUUGACUUCCUCACCUGGAAGUGCGUGUCUCAGUCGCUGCAGGGGUCGAUCCAAGUGGUUCCAUCCAAUGUUGUCGCGGACAUCGUCGCGGGUGCAGAGGCCGCGCACGUGGCGUUUGACGGAAUGCUUGAAAGCAGAUUGGUCGCGUUCUGCCUCUGGUCCGAAAUCCUCAACGAACUCGACGCGGUUGUUGUACACGACCAUACGCCGCGCAUCGCGAAGCCCAUCCAAAGGACGUUGACUACAUUGCGGCAGGAUGCGAAACGCGCCGCGGAGGAGCACGCGUUCAAGUCUAGAUGCGGUUUUGCGGACGGUCACGGUGGGGAAGCACACGGUAAUGAAUGCGGGAGGUCGCACGAUCAUGCCGCCGGAUCGCACGUUUCUGUUCCCGAAGCCCUCGCGAUCACAACUGCUUACUCGCUCGCGAACGCCGCAGUCGUGGAGGAGGCCGCAGCGGAUCAGGGGGCUCCGGACAACAAGAACGAGGGCUCGAGCUCUGACCGCAACAAGGAUGCCCCUGAGACCGCGCCUCAUGGUGGACGUGACGUGAAUGCGUCGGAGGGUGCCGAUGGUCAGGGUCGCGCAGCGGAUGAGGGGUCUGCCGAGGAGCGUGAUGAUGCCGCGAUGGAUAACCAGGGCGGUGAAUUGGAGCUGGAGGGGUCGGACGACGUGGAGGAGGAAGAGGACGAGGAGGAAGAGGAGGAGGUGGAGGAGGUCGCGGAGAACACCAGGGCUGGGCAUGGGGCUGCGGUCGCGGUCGCUGGAGCAGGGAAGAGUAUUCGCCGUCUCACUGCUGCGUUGUCCCCUCGUCCUAGAAGCGCGGCCCCUUCGUGCGAGGGUGCGGGCAAGAGCCCGGUCGCGGGGAAACGGAAAUACGACGAGCUGGUGAAGAUUGAUCCCGGUAAGCUGGCCGCGGAAAUUCUCCGCCUGGACGAGCAUGUGCGGACACAGAAGCGCCGACUCGCCAAGCUUGAGGAAGCCGUGUCCGCGAAGCCUGGUCAGGAAGCAGCGACGGUGAUCACGCAGAGUUACGAUGAUCUCGUGGGCACUGUGGAGAAGGUGCUACUUCAUAUGCAGAACGCGGAAUGGGUGAUACUCAAGGAAGCCAAGGCGGCCGCGAAGGACAUGGCCGAGAAUCGCGACCUGCGGGACGUGCUGAAACAUACUGCGGCUCGCUUGGAAGAUGGCGCGGCUAACCUGAAGGCAGUUGUCGUGGACUCCAUGGAAUCCGCACAGAAGAAGUUGACGGACGAGGUCGCGCGAAAGAUAGACGGCGCGUCGUCCAACAUUGUGGCCACCCCUGAACGCGCGAUCACAACAAGCGGCAUGACCAACGCUCUCAACAGCGUCAUCGCCAUGCUUUCCGGUCUGCGCCAGGGGACGGAUGGGCUGGAGGAGAAGGUGUCGGACGGGGUCGCGGAAGUGGAGACAGGGAAGAGGGUAGCGGACAAGGAGACAGGGAAGAGAGCCGCGGAGAAGGAGACGGGGAAGGCUGAAACCAGCAGGGGAGGAAAGAGGCAGAAAGGUCCCGCGGUUCCCAGUGUCGCGGAGAUCUUGAAGAGCCAGGGGGGCACCGUCGAUCUGCGUUCAGGGACGGUCCAGAGGGGAACCACCAGGGGGGAUGCUGCUGCGAGACCACCUUCUUCUCCCGCGGCAGUGGUAGCUGGUAAGGGCAAGGCCAAGGUCGAGGAAGCCCCGCUGGCAAACACCACCACCGCGACCACCACCACCGCGCUCGUGCCCGCGGCAAGUACCCCCGCCGCGAUCGCUACUGGACAGCCUGGACCCAGCUCCACCUCCCCUGCAACCCCCCCCGCUGCAGAUGUGGCACUCAAGGCGAAGAGUCAGGGUCGCGGUGGUUGUAAGCCUCCUCCAGCCGCGCUCAAACUGGAUGACGACGACGACGACUCGGACGCGGACGAUGAUGUUGAGCUGGUGCUGCAAAGGUUCAGUGUGCACUGCGAGACCGGCGGAACUAGCGGCAAGAGGAAGGGCUGUGGUAUCCGCCCUCCGCCCAGGGGUGGAGAGGGGAUGGUCGGCAAACCGUGGCUUGGGGGGAUACGUCGCUGGCUGGGUCAUCACUCACUCCAAGAGGUGCAGUACCUGACCGCUAUCGCAGUGAUGUGUUACGACAAGAGGGUUGACCACGGUCUCAAGCUGCCAGCGCAGCAGUUAAGGAAUUGGGCCGAGGACAUCUCCGCGGCCGAUGAGAUGAGCACCGGGCUUUUCGCGACCAUGCAUCUCCGAAACCUUUGCGGCAACGUUGACAGGUACCGUCACAUGUUCAAGGCAUACCGCGACCUCACCCGCCCCACAACCAGUCUCGGCAAUGCGGUCGCAUGGGCAGCUGUGGUGGGGAGGGAGGCGGCAGACGAAGAUUCUGAUGUCGCCGGGGCACAGGAGGGUCUGUUUGCCGGUGCGGUCGCGUGCGCGAUCGCGAUGGUGUGGGAGACCUGCAAUGGUCUUGAUCUGGACGGAAUCGUGAAUGCUGGAUACGUGGCGGCGCAGUCUGCAGGCGCCCCUGAAGAGAAGGCCCGCGAUUUCGUCGCUAUUGUGACCGCGGUCUUCAAGAGGGCCAGGAAGGAGAAUGCACGCGCGCACACCACCGAGGUAACGCCGAAGCAGGUCGCGGAGGCUAUCGAGUCCGCGGUCGUGAACCGCCUUGGAGCGCGCCUUGGGGACCCCACUCUGGUUGCUAUGGUCGCGCAAGAGGCAGUAGACGUGCUGAUGACCUAG